AUGCCUAUGACCGGGCUAGGAUAUACAACUCACAAUCAGCCGUCGCUCGAUUCGGCGGGCAUUUUGCCGCGAGACGCCAAAGAUAUCGCGGUGCGUGAGUGGCAUCGGCUGACCGACGAUUUGGCGCGUGUUCGUGCGGAGAUCGCGGAACUGCGUUCACAAGAGCACGCGCUCGAGGCUCAAGUAGAAGCUUGGAAUGUGAUCCUUUCGGCCGGUGGCAGCGGAACCAAUAGCGACGGCGAUGUCAGCGAAAGCCAUGCAACUGAAGACAAUGCCACGCUAGCAACGCCGCAGGAAUCUGCUGAUGCAGUAGUCGAUUUGCUCCGCGAAAUCGGAGAGCCGAUGCACUAUAGUUUGAUCUACGACACUCUGCGUAGUCGCGGUAUGGAGGUGCGAGGGAAAAACCCGCCCAGCGUGUUGCUAGCGCGUUUCUUUGGCGAUGCGCGCCUGGAGCGUGUGGGCCAAGGGACUUACCAAAUCAAAGCUGCUGAGGAGGUGCAGGAAAACGAAUAG